UAUAUAUCAGAUGGAUCACAUAAAUAUUUGAUAGCACUGUUCUCUUCUUCAGUCCAUCCAAUCAUCUCUUAUUUAAAAGCAAAUCACACAAGCCAAAAGCUAUAAUACAAAAAAAAGUGGUCCUUUCAUCUAAAAUUCCAAGUCACUUGGUCUCCUCUCUCCCUUCCCUUUCCUCUUCUCUCUGGUUCCUCUUCUUCUUCCUAUUCCUAUACCCAAAUCUUCUGUGUUAAAAACCCUAAACCCCACGAGACACAAGAAGAUGUCUGACCGUUCCUCCUCUUCUUCCUUUGUUUCUUGCUUCCGUUCCACCACUCAACCCAUGGAUCUUGACCCAUCAACGGAGGAGCCACCGGCGCCGCCGCCAACAUCCGGCGGCACGAACCUCACCACCUGUGUCUAUCACACCGACUUGGGCGUCUUUGCUCUCACCUGGUGCCGUAACGUCAUCGGCAGGGCUCUCCAUAUCGACCUCCGAUUCGACGACCAUGAUGAGGAUCUGUCCUCCUUCCGCCUCUACAUCAAGCCCUUUCUCUUCUGGCGCAGACGCGGUUCGAAGAGAUUCAAUCUUAGAAGCCCAACAAAGAAGGUUGAAAUCUUCUGGGAUUUCACUAAAGUCAAAUUUAAUUCAGACCCAGAACCCCAGUCUGGGUCCUACGUCGCUGUUGUCAUCGACGGCGAGAUGACUCUUGUCGUGGGUGACUCCUUGAAGGAAGCUUACAGCAGAACCAGAGCAAGGAAGCCAGAGAGAACCCAGGUUUUGAUUCUGAGGAGGGAGCAUGUUGUGGGCAACAAGUAUUACACUACGAAAGCGAGAUUUGGGGGUAAAACCAGAGAUAUCUCCAUUGAUUGCAGAGUAGGUUCAGGGGAUGAGCUCAUGCUCCGUUUCAGUAUCGAAGGAAAGAGGGUUUUGCAGGUGAAGCGAUUGAAGUGGAAGUUCAGAGGUAAUGAGAGGAUUGAAGUGGAUGGGUUCCCGAUUCAGAUUUCUUGGGACGUUUACAAUUGGUUGUUCGAUGAUGCUGAGAAUGGGCAUGCGGUGUUCAUGUUCAGAUUCGAGAAAAUGGAGGAAUUGGAGGAUGAGAGAGGGAUGGUGAUGUUGCCGCAGCAGCAACAGCAGCUGUGUGGGUUUGGGAUGAAUGGGUUCGAGUGGAAGAAGAUGAAGAAGAGUCUGUUGAAGACCGGGAGCUCAUCGUCAUCGUCGAUGUCUUCAGUUUCGUCGGGUUGCAGUUCUUCUGUGAUGGAAUGGGCUAGUACAGAGGAGAAGGAAUUGCAGAGCCCAUCUGGGUUUUCAUUACUCGUUUAUGCUUGGAAGAACUGAAGGGUCUGAUUUCAACUGAAUUCUUUUUUGUUAAUUCUUUGUUCCAUGGAAGAUUCUCUUCUGGUCUGGUAAUAUUUCGAUUUUUAGAUUCAUUACUAACCCAUUUGUUCAUGAACAUAACUGAAUAAAUUGUUCCUUCACUAUAGAAAAAAAAAGAACAGAUUGAUCAUUGAUGGCUUAUCAUCUUCUACCACUACUAAUGGAAGAAAAAAAAGCUUUUUUUUCUGUUUUUGGCA